AUGGCUUCUAAUGGUUCAAAGUUCGCGCACACGGCGCUGUCAACAGACGCACACCGUAUUCGUCUUCUAAAGUUCGAAGAUACGGCGUCGACUGAGCCUCUCAGACUCUCCUUAGGAGUAUACAAACUCUCGGACAAACCGGUGUACAAUGCGCUCUCCUAUGAAUGGGGGAGUGGUACGGCAGAUCGAACAAUAUUCAUCAAUGAUAGUCCUUUCCUGAUCGGAGACAGUUUACACAGCUUCCUGGAAGUUCUAGCCAGCAGUGAGCAGCAAAGCACCCUGUUCUUCGCGGACGCGAUCUGCAUAAACCAGGAAGACAUCCCUGAGCGGAAUGACCAAGUGCAGCGCAUGGGCGAUCUAUACCGUCAGGCACAGCAGGUUCUCGUCUGGCUGGGACCGGGCACCACUGAAUCCGACCUCAUCUUCGACCUAUGUGCAGAGGCAAAGCAAGAGGAGAUAGACCUGCAGGGAGCCAGCGGAAACGCGCUUGAUAUGUUGUAUCGACGUUCAUACUGGACAAGACUUUGGAUCAUCCAGGAGCUAUUCCUUGCACGGGAUGCGGUCGUCUUCUGUGGCUCGAGAUCUGCAGCCUGGUCGUCGUUCCGGAGGCUAACGACUGCCGUCAAAGGAGAAUUUGUUUCCGGGGAUAUACGACUUGGCAGUUCAUCCAUGGGGUUACAUACAAGGGAAAUGCUCAGCUGUUUGAACAGUAAAGACCGAGAGAAGGGCAUCUUAAACGAGACGAUAGACAACAUUGUGAUUAAGUUUGGGAAGGCUCGAUGUCGCGAUGUCCGCGAUCGGGUGUAUGGCCUGCUUGGUCUCGCCAGGAUGCAAGCGGACGGUCGAGGCCUGGAGAUUAGGGCAGAUUAUUCAGCGACGACAGUCAAUCUAUUUGUCCGACUGCUCAGUAACAUGCCAUACACCCUUCCAUUGAAGCAUGCACUACAGGUGUUUAAUAUCCUAAAACUGCACCAUGCGCAGGACUAUGGAUGGGACGUCGGCAUUCCAGACACAAUCUGUGAUCUUGUUUUCGAAGUCGGGCUCACACAUCUCGGACACAUUCGACAUGCGGACUCUCAAUCGUUGGUAUGUGAUUGGUGUAAAUUGUGGAACAAGAACGAGAAACACACUACCUUCGAAUUGGGUGAGAACCUUCGACAAGAGCUGCGCGGCAAGGCCAUUUCUGAGUUCAUAAAGGGGAGCAUACAACAAACCGGGGCCGCCCAUAACUGCGGUCCUCUGCUGUCCCUAGGGCCUUACGACAGCUGCGUGACGGCAACAAGACUCAAUACCGGGGAUGAACUGUUUCUGAUGGAGGGAACCAAUAUCGUCCUGAUCGAACACAAACGAAACCCAGAACAUGAGUCUCAUGAGCCUGCCGCGCGCUUCACGCGAGGGGUGCUCGCACACACAGAGGAUGAAGAGAGUAUCUUACGAGCUGCGAUGUUGCUUGAACGUUGUUUACUAUCUUUACCUGCUCCUACAGAGGUCCGUUUGGAGAAGGCACGCUGGGAAAUCCCCAUGUACCCAUUCGAUGUUAUUCACGAGGCGCUCAGCUUGCGGCAGAUUAUGUUCAUUCUGACGCAAGCUGCGCAGCAUAGUCGCUAUUAUGAUUAG